AAAAAAAAAAAAAAAGGAAUAAACUUACAUGGUAAUGUUUAUUAGCUUCCCUACUAGUGGAUAUAUUUCGUGUCUGAAUGGUUCUAUGGAAUGAUGUAUAUAUUUGGAUUGGCAGCCUUAGGGAGCGUCUGAUAAUAAUUUUAGCCUCUGGGAGCCUGCUGAACUUUAUGAAGUGUGAAAUAAUAUUCCCCAAACACUUGGGUGAUCAGUUGCAGAUGGCACCUCUAAUAAGCUGUCUGAUUACGACCCAUUUAAGAAAGGGCGAAGCCCCUCCACUGCCCUAGGACUUGGAUAAGCCAUUUAUCAUCGCCCAGGGCCCUGGAGCUUCGCUUUUACUCCAAGAGGUUGAUGCAAAGGGUCCCCGGCACCGACCUCGGCAUCUAUGAAAACUACAUUACCUAGAAUGCUCUGCGUUGAACGCCACGCUACUAAGCCAGUAAGCUCAGAAGACCGACUUUGAGAGUCACAAAAAGAAAGGACAGGACUUUUGGGGGUCCUCUUCGCGGCGGCCAUUUUGGCUUCUCUGAGGUGUGUUCACCGGAUCAGAGAUAGCAGAGCACCGGGUUGGGGCCACGAAGGCGUGAGGGGAGUCGUCGUCCCUGCUGCACGAAAGCGUCUAAGCCUUGGCUACGCCGCCCUGGGGGACCCACGUCAGGCCCGGGAUAGGGACCGCUGUCCCCGGGUCCCUACCUUGGUCGCCCGCCGCUCCUGGCCCAGCUCUACCCACAGAGUCUAAUGGCAGCGGCCACUCUGAGGACGCCAGCUCAGGGCACUGUGACCUUUGAAGAUGUGGCCGUACACUUCUCCUGGGAGGAAUGGGGUCUCCUUGAUGAGGCUCAAAGAUGCCUGUACCGUGAUGUGAUGCUGGAGAACUUGGCUCUUUUAACCUCUCUAGAUGUUCAUCACCAGAAGCAGCACCUUGGAGAAAAACGUUUCAGAAGCAAUGUGGGCAGAGCCUUGUUUGUGAAGACCUGCACAUUCCAUGUGUCAGAGGAGCCUUCCACCUGCAAAGAAGUUGGGAAGGACUUCCUGGCCAAGUUGGGAUUUCUCCAUCAACAGGCUGUUCACACUGGGGAGCAAUCAAAUAGCAGAAACGAUGGUGGGGCCGUCAGUCACAGAGGAAAAACUCAUUACAACUGUGGAGAACACACAAAAGCAUUCAGCCGUGAACACACACUUGUUCAGCAGCAGAGAACCCUCACUACAGAAAGAUGUUACAUAUGCAGUGAAUGUGGGAAAUCCUUUAGCAAAAGCUACAGCCUCAAUGACCAUUGGAGAGUUCACACUGGAGAAAAGCCUUAUGAAUGUCGAGAGUGUGGGAAGUCCUUUAGGCAAAGCUCUAGUCUCAUUCAGCACCGGAGAGUUCACACUGCAGUACGACCUCAUGAAUGUGAUGAAUGUGGAAAAUUAUUUAGCAACAAGUCUAACCUCAUUAAACAUCGGAGAGUUCACACUGGGGAAAGGCCAUAUGAGUGCAGUGAAUGUGGGAAAUCCUUUAGCCAAAGGUCUGCACUCCUUCAACAUCGGGGAGUUCAUACUGGGGAGAGGCCUUAUGAGUGCAGUGAAUGUGGGAAGUUUUUUACAUAUCAUUCCAGCCUCAUAAAGCACCAGAAAGUUCAUAGUGGAUCCAGGCCUUAUGAGUGCAGCGAAUGUGGGAAGUCAUUUAGCCAAAACUCUAGCCUCAUUGAACACCAUAGGGUUCACACUGGAGAAAGGCCUUAUAAAUGCAGCGAAUGUGGGAAAUCCUUUAGCCAAAGGUCUGCACUCCUUCAACAUCGGGGAGUUCACACUGGGGAAAGGCCAUAUGAGUGCAGUGAAUGUGGGAAGUUCUUUCCCUACAGCUCCAGUCUCCGAAAACACCAGAGAGUUCACACUGGAUCAAGACCCUAUGAGUGCAGUGAAUGUGGGAAAUCCUUUACUCAAAAUUCCGGCCUCAUUAAGCACAGGAGGGUUCACACUGGGGAGAAGCCUUAUGAGUGCACAGAAUGUGGGAAAUCCUUUAGCCAUAACUCCAGCCUUAUUAAACAUCAGAGAAUUCAUAGUCGAUAAAAGCCUUAUGAGUGGCAAAUGUGGAAAAUCUGUUAGCACCCUGGAGAAAGUCCUUGAGAACACAGUAAUGUCAGAAAGCUUCAGCUGAAGGCCGUAUCUCAUUGAGUGCCACACAGUUCACAAGGGAAAGACACUUUUGACAUGUAGGGAUGUCCGGUUGAUAUAACAGCUCUGAAGGAGAUCCCUUAUGAGGGUGGCAUCAGCCUGAAUUGAACAUCCUAUAUCUGAACAUCUCCAUAAAUUCCAGGUAUGUGCGAACUGCAUUGCACCUUUUGCCCUGCCCAGGGCCCAUGUCAGAUUUAUGUCUCUGCUGAUACUAUAGUGGAAGCCAUUUUACCUCUACUACCUGGCAGGUGACCACUAGUAUGCACCACUCACCCAUCCCAGUGUAUUCAGGUAAGUGAACCUUGGUGUUCUCCUGUUCAUGGGAGGAAUUUGUAAAUAGCCUAAGCAUUUAUUCCUUUCUUUUUUUUUUUUUCCUUUCUGAUGAGUUAGGCCAUGGACCUGACCCAGUUUGGCCCAGAGGACUCUGCUGGUGACCUGAAAAGAGGGACUACAUAUUUCAGGAUAUUAUUGGUCUCACAUGACUCUUGAUAGAGUUUGCCAGCCUUCAAAUCACCAACUGUGGGAACCACCUGCCUCUUAUUGCCUUGGUUUGUACAAUAAUAAAGGCCUUAUUAAUCUUGGGGGUUCUAUAUGUAUGGGUUGGUUUGAAAACAGUUGGGUUCUGCUAACAUGAAGGGGUGAAUAACUUUUUUUGGAGAUCCCAAACAUUGUGUAGCUCAACAGGGACAGGGACAGUAGGAUGGCAGAAUAUAGCUGUCUCUCUAGUUUGAGCCUAGUUUUCAUUGCUAUUCAAGGCCUCUGAGAAAAAACUACAGGGUAUUGUCCUAAUUUAUAUCCUGGAUGCCACAGAGGUCAGCCUGAGGAGGCAGCAGUUACUUGACAUCCUUUGGUCCUUCUGAAAGCAACACGAAAUUGUUCUCUUGUUCACAAGGAAUACUGCAUCGUGUUCAGUGCCAGUGGGGGAAAUCUGUUCCCCAGGUCCUGUAUGCCUUGAUAUCCUGAAUUCCAUAGGGUAGCACCACAGGUGGUAAGAUAAUAGUAGGAAUUAUAAUUGUUAUAGAAGUACUGGAUUGAUAGAGAGUGGAAAACUGCAAUAACACUGCAAUAAAUAGAAUGUGCCCCUUUUACAGAGGUUUCCAUGAUGUUCGUUAUUAUGGCUCUUAAGGAUGAGCAGGUACAGAAAUUCUCAGGACCUACAGAAUUGUGUAUCUUGUGUAGCUGAGGUCAUUGUCAGAAAUUUUAUGGAACCCUGUAGCCUCUGGGAUGUUCACUUCAAGGUCAUUGCUAUGUAGGCAGGAAAACAAGGACAGAGAAGGGAGGUCUAGGCCAUUGAUAUAGGCUUUGUGAUCCAGCCAACAUUUCUGUUGAGUCAGGUGGAAAUGGCCUUCACUGUCCACUUGUAUUUGCGAUCACUGAGGCAAAAUCCUCUCCCAGGACAUGAGGAGAGAGAUGGUGGAAUCAACAUAGGGUUGUCCAACCUGAUUUUCCAAAAACAAUAGGAAAUUCAGACUUUUAUUUUGAACCAUAUUUUGUUAGGUUGGUGCAAAAGUAACUGUGGUUUUGAACCAUGAUUUAUUUUUAUUUUUAUUUUUUUUUGAGUCAGAGUCUUGCUCUGCCGCCCAGGCUGGAGGGCAAUGGCACUAUCUUAGCUCAUUGCAACCUCCGCCUCCCAGGUUCAAGCGAUUCUCCUGCCUCAGCCUCCCAAGUAGCUGGGAUUACAGGCACCUGCCACCACACCCGGCUGAUUUUUGCAUUUUUAGUAGACAUGGGGUUUCACCAUGUUGGCCAGGCUGGUCUCGAACUCCUGACUUCAUUUGAUCCACCGACCUUGGCCUCCCAAAGUGCUGGGAUUUACAGGCAUGAGCCACUGUGCCCAGCCGAGCUUUUUCACCGUUCCAAUUUCCUUCAAAUGCUGAACAACCAUGGAAUGGUUGACGUUGAGUUCUUAGGCAACUUCUCAUGUAGUUGUAAGAGGAUCAGCUUCUAAAAUUGCUCUCAAUUGGUCACUGUCAACUUCCAGUGGCUGGCCACUACACUCCUUCUCCUCAAGGCUCUUGUCUCCUUUCCAAAACUUCUUGAACCACCACUGCACUGUACAUUCAUUAGCAGUUCCUGGGCCAAAUGUGUUUAUAUUAUGAGUUGUCUCUGCUGCUUUAUGACCCAUUGUGAGCUCAAGUAAGAAAAUCUCAGCCGGGUGCGGUGGCUCACGCCUGUAAUCCCAGCACUUUGGGAGGCUGCGGUAGGUGGAUCACAAGGUCAGGAGUUAGAGACCAGCCUGACCAACAUAUUGAAACCUCAUCUCUACUAAAAAUACAAAAAUUAGCCGGGCAUGGUGGCAUGUGCCUGUAGUCCCAGCUACUUGAGAGGCUGAGGCAGGAGAAUCACUUGAACCCGGGAGGCAGAAGUCACAGUGAGCCAAGAUCACGCCACUGCACUCCAGCCUGGACGACAGACAGAUCAAGACUCCAUCUCAAAAAAAAAAAAGAGGCCGGACGCGGUGGCUCACACCUGUAAUCCCAGCACUUUGGGAGGCUGAGGUGGGUGGAUCACGAGGUCAGGAGUUUGAGACCAGCCUGGCCAACAUGGUGAAACCCUGUCUCUACUAAAAAUACAAAAAUUAGCUGGGCAUAGUGGCAUGCACCUGUAAUCCCAGCUACUGAGGAGCCUGAGGCACGAGAAUUGUUUGAACCCCAGGAGGUGGAGGUUGCAGUGAGCCAAGAUCAUGUCACUGCAUUCCAGCCUGGGCAACAGAGCAAGACUCUGUCUCAAAAAAAUCGCUGAAAUUUGAGUUUUGUCUAACAUUUCCAUAGUCUAAAAUAAACAUAAACAGCAAGUAGUAAGUCAGCAAAAAAAAACAGAAAGUGAGAAAUGCCUAUUAAAAUGAUGUAUAACCACAUUUAUUUAAGAAUGUUUUCCAAUAUAAAAUGGCAAAGUCCAACAUGUAAAACCAGCAAUUACUUUUGCACUAACCUAAUAACUUUCAUAAGAAUAAAUGGUACAUAUUUAAACUAUAUAAUUUGAUCAGCUUUGAUAUUCAUAUUAACCUGUAAUUGCUCCCACCAUGCCAAUUUUGAAACUGCCAACAUGUUACUGAAUGUAGAAUUGGGAAGAGUUGCUGAUAGCAUCCUAAUAUAUUCUAUUUCUACCAUACUGAUAGUGGCCACGAAUAACCUCAAGAAUGUAGAAAAUAAAAUGUAGUGAAAUGAUUAGGAAGAAGUUGUUUCUUCACAAUCAUGACAAUGAACCUGUCAUUCCACAAGUUACCUCAUUGUCCUUUAAUAAUUAUCUGCCUAUAGGCAACUAUUGAUUUACUUUCCAUUAUAAUAUGUUAGUUUUCAUUUGCUAGAAUUUUAUAUGAUUGAAACUAUAACGUAUUUACUCUUUUUUAAUCCCUGGGUAUAUUCAUGUAUUUAUUUUGAGAUUCAUCAUUAUACCUCUAUGAGUAGUUUCUUUUUUUAUAUUGCUGAGAAGUAUGAUGUUCUGUGGAUAUACCAGUAUUCAUUUAUUCAUUAAUUUGUUAUGGAUAUUUUGAGUAGUUUUUUAAAGUAGUUUGAGGUAUAAUGGAACUUAAAGUGCUUAUAUUUAAAAUGCGUAUUUUGAUAUUUUCAUACAUGCUUAUACCCUGGAACCAAGUUUCCAUCUAUCUUUUUGGUUCAUUCUCAACAUAUAAAAUUAAUUUUCAUUGUGUAAAAAUUACUGGUACAAUGACAUAUUUUGUCUCCUGUUACAGCUGUGUUCAAUUACAAAAAAAGAUGGAAAAGACUGUUAUGAAGCCAGAUGAACCUUUCUCCAGUCUUCCUUCACUAUUUUUUUCCUUCACCAUUUAUCAUUUCAUAGUCAUUUAUGUUUCAUCGGUCCUCAUGUGUACUAGUGGGUUAUUUUACUUAUAAUCCCAGACGUCAUAUCAUUUAAUGCAUAGCCUCUUCAGAAGGCAAUUUUAAAAUGUAAAGGCUCUUUUAUAACCCCCCCAAAAAAUCACACAAAUAUAUUUUAAAAUGUAAA